AGAGACCCACCGAAGAAACUACCUCACGGAAUCCAAAUCUUCGUUCGCUUCCCUUUUCUUGCACUGCCCUAAUUCCUCAAAUUCCCCUCUCUUUAUUCUCCCAGAUCCCGGUAAACGCUUCCUUCGCCUUUUCCCUCCCUUUCUCAGGAAAAUUCUCCCAAUUUUCUCGAGAAAGUGAAACGGAAUUAUGAGCUUUCAGGACAUCGAGGCUGGUCGGCCCUUCGGUUCCAGGCGUGGCUUGGCCAACGGCAAGCAGGACCCCACGCAGGCAGUGGCUGCCGGAAUAUUUCAGAUCAACACCGCCGUCUCCACCUUCCAGAGACUCGUCAACACCCUCGGAACCCCCAAAGAUACCCCCGAGCUCCGCGAGAAGCUCCACAAGACAAGACUACAUAUUGGGCAAUUGGUGAAGGAUACAUCAGCUAAACUUAAGCAAGCUAGUGACAUUGAUCAUCAUGCUGAAGUUAAUGCGAGCAAGAAGAUCGCAGACGCUAAACUUGCGAAAGAUUUUCAAGCAGUAUUGAAAGAGUUUCAGAAGGCACAACGUCUUGCAGCUGAGAGGGAAACAGCAUACACUCCUUUUGUUCCCCAAGCAGUCCUUCCUUCCAGCUAUACUGCUGGUGAAUUAGGUGUUGGUUCUGAUAAAUCACCAGAAGAGCGUGCCUUACUCGUGGAAUCAAGGAGGCAGGAGGUUUUGUUCUUAGAUAAUGAGAUUGCCUUUAACGAGGCCAUCAUUGAGGAAAGGGAGCAAGGCAUUCAAGAAAUACAGCAGCAAAUUGGUGAAGUUAACGAGAUCUUCAAAGAUCUUGCUGUGCUUGUCCAUGAGCAAGGAACCAUGAUUGAUGAUAUUGGCUCCAACAUUGAGAACUCCCAUGCAGCAACAGCACAAGCAAAAUCUCAACUUUUAAAAGCUUCAAAGACCCAAAGAUCAAAUUCCUCUUUGACAUGCUUGCUUUUGGUGAUUUUCGGGAUUGUGCUUCUGAUCGUGAUCAUAGUUCUUGCUGCUUAGACAAAUAUUGUCUCAAUUCCAUUAUGAAGUAAAUGCAUAUAUGCAAAGCAGCAGAUAUCAUCUUCCUUGCUGAAGAUAUAACUUGAUCGGUGCUUUGUCGGAUCUGGUGAUUGACUGGAGUUUGUUGCAUCUGAUUUCAGUACAAGAUGUGGGAAUUCCCAUGAUUUUGUUGUGGGGUGUUAUGUUCUCUCUGUGUUAGUGUUUGGGGUUUUCAAAUAUGUCACGACUUAUGUUGUAAGUCCUCUCCUUGUUUCUUUAAUUGAAAAAGUAUUAAUUCUUUCAUUUCCCUUGUAAAUGCAACACUGAAACUGGCUGGUUGUGCUGACUUUUCAGUAAAACCUUCGUAUAUGGUAAUAUGUUUCUCUUUUAGUGUUUCUCUAUCCCAAAGUUGGAACUUGAAUGUGUAUGAAGAAAAAAUUUGGAUGUAUUUGACGAGUUUAUUCGGUGAGUGA